AUGGGAGAUACAAUUCGGACCAUACUUCGUAUCUGCUUGAAGGUGCUGUCCAGUGAUGUACAAAUUAUCACACAGACUGUAGCAUUUUAUAUUCUCUGCAAUGGAGAUGCAGCGAAAAUAGUCAUGAUAUGGAUGAAUGACAAGCAGAUUCCAAUGCUGUCUGCAGAUAUGAUCCUGGUUAUGCCAAGGGAGCGAUAA